UUAUGGCUGUGGACAGGCACGCCCAUCUACCCCAGCCCAUGCUGGAACUGACUGUAAACAGUAUACCUAGUACCUUAGUCUCCGAAGAUCUUCUACUUCACUGACUUUCUUUUGACCUUUAAUUCUUGUCAUGGUAUAUCAACUUCCUUCUCAUUCUAACUCUUUUGUGGAGGACAGGUUUUCAGUGUGUGAGCAGUACUCAGAUAGGCCCCAAGUGCCUCACUGGGUAUUCAUCGAAACACUCCUACAAAAGAAGCCCUUGAGACAACUGGAGGAUUUAUUGGACGUAAUAGGUCACAAUGAACAUGAUCUUGAGUUUUCCACUUUAAAAUCUGUGCUUCAAGACAAAUUUUCCCUGCGUACUUUUCCGGUGAUGAUAAAAGCAGCCUUACGAAUGCCUGAAUUGUUUUCAAAUGGAGUAUUGGAAAUUCUGACACCAGGAACGACAAAAACAAUCUCACUAACUCGAGAGCAAAUUGCUUGUCUGCUUGUUCAUAUGUUUCUAUGUACUCUGAAGACUCCGAUAUGGAACAAACAUUGGUGUACUUUUGGAAUAUGGUUUGCAACCAACUCACGACCAGCCAGAGAAUAUUUGAAAUGCCUGCUAGCUUACUUCGCAGAGCUUGAUCCACAAGGAAGGCCAUCAAAUCCACAAGAAGAAGUUCACUUUACACGAUCUGUGCUUAAAUCACCUCCAGAUUGGAAGAAGUCUACCUCCUGUUUCACUGACGAUACUCUGACCCCGUCUCUCAGUCUCCACCCAGAACCUGGUUGCAAUGUUGAAGUGAGCUUUGCCAACAAAGAUGUUGGAUUUGGAGUCUCAGGGACUCAAGAAGAAGUAAAAAUGGGUAUGAGCCCUGAGGCAUGUGUAGUCAUGUUGCUUGUUCCGACAUUGCUGGAUAACGAAACGCUGUUAAUAAGAGGGUCAAGACAAGUGGGCAUGUACGAAGGAAUUGGAAGAGAUGUUAAAUUUAUCGGUGUGCAGAGUGAGCCGAAGAACUGGAGCCUACGGUGCAUUAUAGCUAUGGAUGGAAUGGAAAUCGACUGUUUAGAUGAAGAGUGUAUUGUUGAGCUAAGAGAAUAUGUGCUUUUGAGAGAAUUAAACAAGGCCUACUGUGGUUUUGUUUCCAUGGGGACAGAACAGGUCACUAUAGCAACUGGGCAUUGGGGAUGCGGUGCUUUUGGAGGAAACAAGUAUGUGAAGUCUUUGAUUCAAAUCAUGGCUGCUUGUGAAGCGAACAAGCGAUUAGUGUUUCACGAUGUCACUCAGAAAACACAAAAUUCUUCCAAACAAAGAUUUUUAGAAAUGCUUAUGGAAGUUACAAAAAUGCUGUAUCGAAGACAGAGAACAGUGGGACAAUUGUAUACAGCCAUUACACAAUUAGAAGCAAGCUCUAGUGACGUUUUUCAUAGCAUUAUGUGCUCAUUUUCAUUGUGAAUCUCUGGCAAAGAGCACAUUGAUUGUGGUUAUAACGA